UCCGCUUCUCUUGCCCAACACCAUUCGCCCACAACGAAAGCUAAAAUAGCAAACGGCGAAAGAAAAUGCCCACAACGAAAAUGUCUCCUUCUCUUCACUUCUCUCCCACAAUAAUCUUCAAAUGCACCGUCUAUCCUGACCAUACAUCCACACUCCAAAAUCUCAAACUCUCUGUCUCAGAUCUUCCUAUGCUCUCCUGCCAGUAUAUCCAAAAGGGCGUCUUACUUUCCCGCUCUCCCUUACCGUCAGAUGCCUUAAUCUCUCUCCUCAGACGUGGCCUCUCCCAAACCCUAACCCACUUCCCGCCCCUCGCCGGCCGUCUGAUGACAGAUCCCGCCGGCUACGUCUACAUCACCUGCAAUGACGCCGGCGUCGACUUCAUCCACGCCAAUGCUGGAAAUCUGACACUCCGGGAUAUCUUAUCCCCCACCGACGUGCCGGAUUCCGUCAGGGGAUUCUUCACCUUCGACAGUGCCGUCAGCUACGAGGGGCAUUCCCGUCCACUGGUCGCCGUCCAGGUGACCGAACUGGCCGACGGCGUUUUCGUUGGCUGCUCUGUUAAUCACGCUGUUACCGACGGGACGUCGUUCUGGAAUUUCUUCAACACCUUUGCGGAGGUUUGCAGAGGCGCGAGGAGGAUCUCGAGGCCGCCGGAUUUCCGCCGGAACUUCGUCAAGGACUCGCCGGCUGUGCUGAGGUUCCCGGAAGGCGGGCCGAAGAUCUCCUUCGCCGGCGCCGGGCCGUUGCGGGAGAGGAUCUUCCGUUUCAGCAGGGAUGCCAUCCUCGAGAUGAAAUCCCGGGCUAACGGCCGGAUCUGGAAGAAACAGCAAGAUAACGGCGAUAUCACGGCGGAAAUUCUCGGGAAGCAGAGCAACGACGAGCGGAAGAUCCAGGGCGUUAACGGAAAGAUGACGUCCGUCUGGGAGAGCUUAAAGAGAAACCCCGUUGCGGAGAGCGUAGAUCGGACGGCUGAGAUCUCAUCCUUCCAGUCGCUCUGCGCUCAGCUGUGGCGGUCCGUUACACGUGCACGAAAGCUGCCCGUAACGGCCAAUACGACGUUUCGGAUGGCGGUGAACUGCCGCCACCGGCUCGAGCCUCGGAUGGACGCGUACUACUUUGGGAACGCGAUCCAGAGCAUCCCGAACGUCGCUUCGGUGGGCGAGAUCCUAUCUCGGGAUUUGAAGUGGGCAGCGAGCCUGCUGCACAAGAACGUGGUGGCGCACGUGGAUGCUACCGUGCGCAAGGGUGUGGAGGAUUGGGAGCGGGACCCGAGAUGCUUCCCACUGGGGAACUUCGAUGGAGCGUCGAUCACGAUGGGAAGCUCGCCCCGAUUCCCGAUGUACGACAACGAUUUCGGGUGGGGCCGACCCAUGGCAGUACGUAGCGGGCGAUCUAACAAGUUCGAUGGGAAAAUAUCGGCUUUCCCGGGACGUGAAGGGGGCGGGACCGUUGAUCUUGAGGUGUGUUUAUCGCCCGAUACGAUGUCUGCUCUCGAGGCCGAUACGGAGUUUAUGCAGUACGUUACGAUACAAUCUUAGGGCACGUGGAAUUUGGGGAUUUGGGGGUCUGUAUACUUGGAAUUGAAUCAGCGACGGUUUUGUCCAGUUCUUGUAAGUCUGGAGGAAGCUGGGGUCCAAUGUUGUACUUUGACGGUAGUGGGUCGCUUUCACGGUUUCUUACCGCUUCAUGUACUAUCGACGCACCUGCGGAGGUGUACGUUCUGUGAAUUUGGACUGUACGGCUGGUGGGCCCUUGAUGGCAUCAUGGUUCAAAAUCCAUUCCCCAUUUGAAUAAUUAUAGAUCUGGUUAAUGGA